CGGCACAAGGAAAUUACACAAGGAAAUUACACGUGUGAUAUAACAGACAACAGCUAAGAGGCAAAGCUUUAAUCAGGUUCGUAGCCUGAAAUAGCAUUCUCAAAACAUUCACUCUAAGAAAUAUCUAUAUAUAUCCAUCUGUAUCCAUCAACUGUCCGAAAUGAGGCCUACCACCAGAACUUCCUUACUGCGUUUUUUUCCAUUAUGAAGGUCGUUAACUUUUCGGAUAAGCUAUGUUCACCAAUAAGGUGGGACUCGACCCAGUACACUGCAGUACACCAAAGACGCGAGAUGCAACUCUUCGCGACGCAGACCAUGAAGAGAAAACGUGCAGCGAUGGUGGUGGUGGUGAUGGUGGUGGUGAUGGUGGUGGUGAUGGUGGUGGUGAUGGUGGUGGUGAUGGUGGUGGUGGUGGUGAUGGUGGUGGUGAUGGUGGUGGUGAUGGUGGUGGUGAUGGUGGUGAUCAUGGUGAUGGUGGCACUAAUAAUGAUGUCAGUGUGGGCCAACCGUGAAGAGUCACUCCAUGGCACCUCCUCAACCUCGCCCUUCACUCCGGUCUGA